AUGGCUAGAACAAGCUACUUUAUCCUCUGUGGUAUGAACAUUAUAACAUUCUUAAUUUCCAUGGCCAUUGUAGCCCAUGUUUCCUAUGCAUGGAGAUUACCAAUACAACUCUAUGGCUCUUCACCUUCUGCCACCUUUCUUAAAACUCCAAUUCUCAUACUGGGAAUUUCCCUUUUGAUCCUUUCAGUUAUGGGAUUGGUUGCUUUGCUUUGUCAUUUAAUCUUUCUUCAUAGAAUUUAUUUGUGGGUUAUACUUUUCAUCACAAUUUCUCUCUUGAUUUUCAUUAUAUUUUCGUUGCUUGUCACCAAUAAAGGUCCUCAAGGGAUUGGCUCUUCAAGCAGAGAGUUUAGGGUUAAUGAAUUCUCUUCAUGGAUGCAAACUCAUCUUGUGGGUAAAAAUCAUUGGUUUGAUAUCAAGAAAUAUUUGCUUGAUUAUGAAGUUUGUGAUAGCUUUCAAAGAAAGUUGGAUGCUUUACCUGCUGCUAUCUUAUGGGAGGUCGUCACGUCUGUCGAGUUAGGUUGCUGCAAGCCCCCAUAUAGUUGUGGAUACAAAUUCAAGAAUAUAAGUUAUUGGGAAGUGUCAAAUUCAGGAAAUGAAUCAAAAGAAAAGGAUUGCAAUUCAUGGAAGAAUGAUAAGGAAAUAUUAUGCUAUGAUUGCAAUUCAUGCAAAGCUGGAUAUCUUGAGGAAGGCGUCUCUCCUUGCAAAACCACCCAGAAGCCAAUCAUGACAGUUAUAGAUCUCCCUGUUAGUCUCCUUGAUGGAGUGUAA